AUCAAGCCUGGUAGCUCUAGCAAGACACUGCUCCUCAGCUUUUAAAAUUUAAAGGCCCAAAAUGUCUCAGACACCCAAAGCUGCUGCUGCUGCUGCCAGCCAGGGCACAGAUGCCAAGGAAAAGGGAACACCAGCCCCAGUUCCUGUUCCUGUUCCAAAACCCGCUAAAACCGGAGAACCAAGUGUGGGAUCCUUCAAAAUUGUAAUCUUUGAGCAGGAGAACUUCCAGGGAAGGCACAUGGAACUUCUGAAUGAAUGUGUGAACCUUGGGGAGAGAGGCUUUGAUAGAGUACGCAGUGUCAUUGUCGACUCUGGACCCUGGGUUGCCCACGAGCAGUCCAACUUCCGUGGCGAGAUGUUUAUCCUGGAGAAGGGCGAGUAUCCUCGUUGGGAUACCUGGUCUAGCAGCUAUAGGAGCGACUGCUUCAUGUCCCUACGCCCCAUCAGAAUGGAUAGCCAAGAACAUAAAAUCACCUUGUUUGAAUGCGCGGACUUCAAGGGCAACAAGAUGGAAAUCAUUGAGGAUGACGUGCCCAGCCUGUGGGCCUAUGGAUUCUGUGACCGCGUGGGAAGCGUAAAGGUCCCCAGUGGAACAUGGGUUGGAUACCAGUAUCCAGGAUACAGAGGCUACCAAUAUCUAUUUGAAAACUGUGACUACAAACACUGGAACGAAUGGAGUGCCUUCCAGCCACAGAUCCAAUCCAUCCGUCGUAUCAGAGACAUGCAAUGGCACCAGAAGGGAUGUUUCCUUAUCCCCACCACAGCAACCACUAAGUAAACAAAUGCAAGAUGCCCCUCGCUUGACAGAGACCCAUCAGGACCUUGUGUUUAAAAUCGACCUCGCCACAUUUUUAAGAAACUCUGUCAGCUAUUGUAUAUUGCACAUUUACUGGAUGUCCUUUAUUGUAUGCUGCAAAUAAAAAUGAUUUCUGAGGUAUAAAA